AUGCGCUUGUUCGGUCCACCGCUUUUCGCAUCCAUUCUUGCUGCAGCGCGCGGCGCCCAGAUCCCGAAUGCGCCUGAUUGCCAUGAUCCCAAGCAGACGGGAUCCGAGAAAGAAUGCGCGCAGCCUAUCGCAGACGUUACGGCUGUAAGACCCGGAUCGUCGUACAUUGUGAAGCUUGAAUGCAAGGACUGUCCUUAUGUCGAUCCGAAAGGGGACAAAGUCGUGAAUGCUGACCAUCUGCUGCUGCUGAAUGUCACCCUCACCCACGACAAUCGCACAAUCCUGCUCAACGACAAACCGCUAUAUCCGCUACCCACUAUCCCCAAGCCGCCGCACUUCAGCGCUGCCGAGUACCGUACCAACCUGUCCAAUGCAGAGCUGUAUUACGGUCUGACAAGCCCAAACCCGUACUGCAUCACCUCAGCUCCCACACAAUCGGACUCCGUCGAGUGGUGCUUGGACAUUCCGCUUUCCCCCAAACUGCGCCCCAUGCUCGACUAUCUGUACAUUGUCAAUCCAACCAGAUACGACCGGGACGACAAGGAUGCCGAAGCACAGUACUGGGACCUGUCGCUAGAUGUGAUUGGAAGGACACGGUAUCCAGACGAGCCGCGCUGGCCGUAUGAUAACUCGCAGCAGAAGAUGCUAUCGAUGCUGGUCAAAGGAACGCCCCUCACCACACGAAGGGGCAACGGAGGAAACACGGCCGCUGAUCCGUUCAAUGGCCAGUCGGACACAGACGAUAUGCGCUACGAAUACCAGAUCAUCGACAUGCACCUUGCAGCCCGAGCCUAUACCUUUCCCGCCGAGAAAUCAUUGUCGCUUUGGGGCAAGUUGGGCCAUUUCUUCGGCAACGACGUGUGGGAAGUACAAGGUCGCCGCCUUUUGUUUCUUGGAGUAGAGUGGGGCGAGUAUGGCAAGAAAGGAACCCUGCGCGACAUUUUUGGCGAAUUCGUCCACUGGGAGCUUUGGCCCUUGUUCUGGAUCGUCUUGUUCAGCACUGUCGGGGGUCUGUUUGCGCUUUUUGGCCUGCAAAAGCUCUUCAAAUGGAUAGUUGCGCAACGCGAACUCAUGAAGUGGGACGGCAUGGAAGACGUCUGGGAGAAUAUGAGGAGACAAAGAAUAGCAGAAGAGGAGGGCGCGCUACUCCAUGCACAAGGGAGGUAUACCGACGAUCCCGAAGAAGGUGGAAGUUCAUCACGACCACCGGCAUAUGAGGACGCGAUGAAGCCACUGCCAAGCAAACCUCUCCCUGAGAAGCCCUUACCUGAGGUUCCGCUUAUCGAUGCAUGAAGGAGGUUAUAUUACGGCCAGAAUUUCUCAUAGCAUAUAUCAGCGU